AUGUCAGGAUACUUCGGUGAAGCGCGUCUGAAGAACUGCCGCCCUUGCCAAUGUAGCCCCGAAGGUUCAGUUGCAGGUGGACAAACGGGCUGCGACCGGCUUACUGGGCAAUGUCAAUGUUUGCCAAAUGUACACGGCCAGUUUUGCUAUGAUUGCCGUGAGAACCACUUCAAUUUGACCGCUGGAAUCGGUUGUCAGGCCUGUUACUGCGACAAAACUGGUUCUGUUUCGCAGUCAUGCAAUCCGGUGAGUCAAUAA